UACAACUACGUCGUUUCAGAAGAGCCAUAUUCUGAAUUCCUCUUGGUCUUGGCUGCUUCAACAGAUCGACACGCUGCAAAGGCGAUGGCGUCAACCGUCAAGUACUUGCGCGUACCGCCCAACUCGGCCAGCUUGGAGGAGGCGCGCCGCCGUGUCUUCGACUUCUUCAAGACCGCCUGCAGAUCCAUCCCCACUAUCAUGGAGAUUUACACCAUCGACGACGUCGUUACCCCCUCUCAGCUUCGCUCUAUCGUCGCCUCCGAGAUCCGCAAGAAUGCUCACAUCUCUAACCCCAAGGUUAUUGAUAUGCUGCUCUUCAAGGGUACAGAAGAGUUGAAUAACAUCGUGGAGCAUUCAAAGCAGCGGCACCACAUUCUUGGCCAAUAUGUUUUAGGUCGUCCUGAAAUCACCCCAGAUAGUGCGACCAAGGAUCAGGGAUCCGAGUACCUUAAAAACUUCUUCAGAAGCAACUACUUUUGAAUCACAUUUCCUUAUUGAUGUUAUGCCUUGGAAGAAUAUGUGUUGGAUGAGAAUUGGGUUGCUCCAUGUGCAUUGGAGAAACGGGUCUCUUCCUUUGCCGUUUCUCCAGCUUGCAAGCUAUUAGAUUUGAUAAACAAAGACUAUUUUAUGUUUACUGAACAAAGGCAUCAAACUAGUUACUCCUUUUGUGAGUGAACUUGAUUGUCCAUUACCAACUGGUGCUACAUAAAUAUGGUCAUCAUACUUUCACCCAAGUUUUAGAAUUUGUAAUCUUCUUAUUGUUGAAGUGAACUAUAUAGAGUUUUAAUUUAUCAUCGAAAUGUGAUUUUGAAGUUUGAAA